CAUGGGCCAGGUUCCUAUUCCUCCCCAGAAAGUAAACCAAACCGAAGAAAGAAAGAAAAAGUCACAGAGCUACUAGGAAUUCAUCACCAAGAGCUAUCUAUAAAAACAACCAAAGAUUAUGAAACUAUUGUGGAAUAUCGUUUUGGUCGCACUGUGCGGAGUGAGUCUGGCAGAGGAUUUCGAACCAGAGCUGCCGCCCGUUGAGUUCAAGCCCGUCCGAGAAUUAUCCGGCGAUAUACCGACCUGUCGGGAGAGCGAUCUCAAUAUCAACGAGUGCAUCAAGCAGGGCCUCCAGCUGAUUACCCCUCGCAUGAAGUACGGCAUCAGUGAGCUGAACAUUCCGCCGCUGGAUCCUUUCGAGAUGGGCAAAAGUUCCUACAGCUACAACUCGGGUCUGCUGCAGGGACGCAUUGCCAUGAAGAACGUGGUCGUGCAUGGCCUCAGCGAGGGCAUUGUGGACAAGGUCAACUUCCGUCUGAAGAACGGACAGGUGCGGAUGGAGAUUCUCUCGCACGUCCCCCAAAUGCUGGUCGAGGGCGCCUACAAAGCAGACAUCAAGCUCAACGACCUGAAGCUCACCCCAAAGGGCACCUUUAACGUCACCCUCACCGAUGUCACCAUGAGAGCGAGGCCCACCGGGGAGCUGUACGAGCGGGACGGUCACACUUACUUGCGUUUGACCAAACUGGAGACUGAGCCCAAAGUGGGCGACCUGCGUUUCUACGCCAACGGCCUGGUGCCCGAUCCGGCUCUGAACGAUGUCAUCUUGGACUUUAUAAACCAGUACUGGCGGCAGCUCUAUCAGGCCAUGCUGCCCGAGACACUGGCCACCUGGCAGCCCCUGAUUCUGAAGUCCUCAAAUGAUUUCUUUGCUGCCCUACCAUUCGAUAUGCUGGUGACCAAGAAUUGAGAGAAUUCUUUGACUUAGCUACCCAUUGUUGUAGUAGUAUUUAAACACUUCGGUUCUAUAUGUUCAGCUCAAGGUGUUAAGAUAGUUUGUAUCGCAAUAAAGAGUAUCAAAUCCCACGAA